CGACCCCGAUGGGCAAUGCGCAGUUCGGGCUGCCACGCCGCCGGGCCCGGCCCGCCGCCGUUACGUCAGAGCAGCCCCGGGGCACAGCGCCCGCCGCGCCCUGCCCCCUCUUUCUCUCCCGCUUGCCUUCGCGUUUCCUGUCUGGGCGGAGGAGGUUUGGCCCAGCGACGACGCCGUCCCCCAGCGGCUGCGGCGAGCGUCAUGGCGGCGGCUCUCUCAAUGUCAGCGGCUCUGAGGCACCUUGCGGCGGGCGGCGGCGCCGCCGCGGUCCGUCUGUCGCCGGCCAGGUCACUGAGCACUUCCACAUGGCGGCUGGCACAGGACCAAACUCGAGACACGCAACUCAUCACAGUUGAUGAAAAAUUGGAUAUCUCUACUUUAACUGGUGUUCCAGAUGAGCACAUCAAAACCAGAAGAGUUCACAUUUUUGUUCCGGCACGUAAUGCGAUGCAGGCAGGAGUUAACAAUACAAAGAAGUGGAAGAUGGAAUUUGAUAACAGGGAGCGCUGGGAGAACCCUCUGAUGGGUUGGGCAUCUACAGCUGAUCCUUUAUCCAACAUGGUUCUUACUUUCUCUACUAAAGAAGAUGCCAUUGCCUUUGCUGAAAAAAAUGGCUGGAGCUAUGACGUGGAAGAAAAGAAGACUCCAAAACCUAAAUCCAAGUCUUACGGUGCAAACUUUUCCUGGAACAAAAGAACAAGGGUGUCUACAAAAUAAGUUGGCAUUGGCUGUCUCUGACUGUGAAUAAAGUCAGCUGUGCUGUAUUUAUAGUCCACGUAUAAUACAUCUCUUAAUCUCCUAAUAAAUUUGACCUUUAAACUACAAAUGCAUCUUGUGAUGUCUAUUUAAAAUGUUUUUGAUGUCUCCAAUUGAACCUGUUACAAACUUCCCUAUAUAUAGAGGAGAUUUGGGGUGUUCAUACUUGUAAAAAAUUGCUGCAUUAGGAAUCUAUCAAAAGGAAUGCUUGCAAUCAGCUGCAACUUUAAAGAAAGGUUGUAGUUUAUCUUUCACAGUAAUUUUAUAUUCAGUAUCUUAUUUAAAUUUUCAGCAUAUACAAAAUCUCUCAAUAGAAAUGUGUUUUUUUUUCUCAUACGUAAUACAAAUUUAUCAAUUGAAUAGCAGAGUAUGAUAUGAGAUGCAGAAUUUAACAUUUGAACAUAAUUUAAAUGGUUCUCUGUAAAUGUAUGUUGUAUAAGCUCCUUCUUGCUCAAAUUAAUAUUGUCAUUAUUCCUGAAUAACAGAAUUGAACAUCAAAAGAAACCACCAUUUUUGACUUAGAUGUGCAGGAGACUUAGUCGAAGACUGAGAUUCUAAUUAUUUCUCUGUGGUGCUUUCCAUCAUGAAACAAAACCAGUUAAAUAUUCACAGAUUAAGUCUCAAAGAGUGUCGAGAUGCCUCACGCAACAUCACCAUAUGCAUAUUAUGUAAUUAUUCCUCUAUGUUUUUUAUUGCUAGUUACAUGUUUAUCUGCAUUUAAGUUUCCUGUUGCCUAACAAGAGAUGUAAUGAUAGCAUCUCAGCCUUAGUAUUGAAUAUAUAGCCUAAACUCAAUCUGUGUUACAAGACAAUAAAGCAUUGUAAUAACGUACAA